GUUUAAUUUCUAGCAUCGUAGACGAAUAACAUCUAGCAGAACGUCAGUCGACUCAAAGAUUUUUUUCAAGUCUACGAUAAACAAGGCUACAACUCGAGUUUAAAAUAUUAGUUAUAUAAUUUGCUAGCAUCAUGUCAGAAAUUCGAAAUUUCUACGCAGGACAAAAUUUAUUUAUUACUGGUGGCACAGGAUAUAUAGGAAAAAUCCUCGUGGAAAAAUUGUUACGAGGAUGUCCAGAAAUAGGGACCAUAUAUUUAUUAAUAAGACAGAAAAGAGGCAAGACUGCUCAAGAAAGACUGAAUGAGAUGGUUGAAUCGGCUAUAUUUGAACCUUUGAGAAAGAUUAAUCCAAAUUUUUCAAAAAAAAUCUUACCAAUAAAUGGAGAUGUAGGAGAUCCUGAUUUGGGACUCUCACCUGCCGACUAUACUCUACUGACAAAAGAGGUCUCUAUCGUAUUUCAUGCAGCGGCUACUAUCAAAUUUGAUGAUCCACUGAGAGUCUCUGUGGCUAUUAAUGUUAAUAGUGUCAUGACAAUUAUUAAAAUAUGCAGAGAAUGCAAAAAUUUGAAGGCUGCUGUUUACUUAUCUACAGCAUUUAGUCAAUGCGGAAAUCAUUAUAUUGGAGAGCAAAUUUAUCCAGUGCCUUUGACAUAUGAGCAAAUUAACGAUAUUGUUAAAAUUAUAGAACAGAGAAAUUUUUCAAGAAAAGAAGAGGCCAAUUUCACGAAAAGUUUAUUAGGGAAAAUUCCAAACACGUAUGUCUUAACAAAAUCGAUUGCGGAAGGACUGCUAAAUGAACAAGGAAAGGACCUACCUUUUUGCAUAUUCAGAUUUUCAAUAGCUUUAGCCACUUUAAAGGAACCUGUGCCUGGUUGGGUUGACACUUUUCAGGGAUUAAAUCAAACAUUAAGUGGAAUUGGACUCGGUGCGAUACACGUGAUUCGUGCAAAUAGGGAAGGCAGAAUGGAUCUUAUACCAGCUGAUUUUACCUGCAAUGCUAUGAUCGCAGCUGUUUGGGAAACAAGCACUUCCAAAAAUAGUUUAACUGAUGAUUUGCCGGUGUAUAAUUACGUUUCCGGUACAGACAAUCCAUUGAAGUGGAAAGAGUUUCAAGCACAUGUUCGGGAUACUGGACCUAUAAACCCACCCACUAGGAUGAUUUAUUAUCCUGAUGGUUACUAUGUUAGCAAUCCAAUAUUAUUUGCUAUGUCGGAUUUUUUUGUGCAUUUCACACCAGCGAUCCUGGGCGACAUUGUUCUGAGAUUAAUGGGAAGAAAGUCUAUGCUGCACAAAAUAUACAAAAGAGGACACAAAUUACAAAAACAAGUACAAUUCGUAACGCUAGGGGAUUGGUCAUUUGAAACUACUAGAGUUCGAUCAAUGUGGAAUAGACUUUCUGAAAUCGACAAAAAAUUGUUGCCUUUUGAUUUGACAUCUUUGGAUUGGCGGGAGACAAUUUUAAUAUUCUGGAAAGGAAUUAUGCAAUACAUCGUAAAAGAUGACUUCAGCCCAGAAGGACGGCUACUAGCUGCCCGUCGAUACUUCAGACUAUAUGUGGUUCAUCAGAUUGUAAAGUUUUUCUUUGCAAUGCUCAUACUAUGGCUCACUUGGAAGGUUUUCAGUGUUCUACGUCUUCUAUUUUGAAACAAAUUGACUUAAAAAGUAAUUAAAAAUUACAGUUGAUUAUAUGUAUAUAUUUUUCUAAUAUUUAUAAUGCUUUGCAUGGUAAAGUUAUUCGACUAAAUGCGUAGUAAAAUAAGCAUUAAAUAAAUAAUUUUUUAAAUCCAUGUAACGAAAUUCGAUUUUGUUCGAAUGAAAAAGUGAAGUUGCAUAAUAUAAAAAAAACUUUUAAAAACUAGAUUAUAAGUUUAUAAAAAUUAAUGAAAUGGC